GCGGGUUCUUCGCUGCGAAGAAAAUGGCGGCGGCGGCGCCGAGCGGCGACGAGGGGCGGCUGGAGGACAAACCCGAGGAGAACCUACAGCGGCCGCCCAAGGCCAAAAAACCCAAGAAGGACCGCAAAGAACCGGAACCCGCUCAGCCCGCGGCCGAACCCGCCGAGGCCGGCAAGGCCGAGAGCUCGGAGGGCGCCGGGGCGGCUCCGGCGGCACCGGAAGCGUCGGCGUCGCCGAAGCAGCGGCGCUCCAUCAUCCGCGACCGCGGGCCCAUGUACGACGACCCCACGCUGCCCGAGGGCUGGACGCGCAAGCUCAAGCAGCGCAAGUCCGGCCGCUCGGCCGGCAAGUACGACGUCUACCUGAUCAACCCGCAGGGAAAAGCGUUCCGCUCGAAGGUGGAGCUGAUCGCCUACUUCGAGAAGGUGGGGGACACCUCGCUGGACCCCAACGAUUUCGACUUCACGGUGACCGGCCGGGGUAGCCCCUCCCGCCGCGAGCAGCGCCCGCCCAAGAAGCCCAAAUCGCCCAAAGGUCCCGGCACCGGCCGCGGCCGGGGGCGCCCCAAGGGCAGCGGCUCCGGCGGCGGCUCCGGCGGUUCCGCCCGGCCCAAAGCGGCGGCGGCCGUGUCCGAGGGGGGCUCGGCGGCCAAGCGGGCGUUGGAGAAGCCCCCCGGGAAGCUGCUGGUCAAGAUGCCCUUCUCGCCGGGCCAAGCCGGCCCCGCCGCCCCCGCGGCCCCGCGGCGGCCGGGCCGCAAGCGCCGCGCCGAGCCGGACAGUCCGGCCGUGCCCAAGAAACGCGGGCGCAAACCGGCGGGGGCGGCGGGGCCGGGGGGGCCGGGAGGCGCCGACAAAAAGGCCGCGACCCCCCCGGCCGUGCAGGAGACGGUGCUGCCCAUCAAGAAGAGGAAGACGAGGGAGACGGUGGUGGUGGAACCGGCCGGAGCGGCGGCCGGAGCGGCUUCGGGCGCCGCCGCCGCCGCCACGACGACGCCGACGACGCCGCGGCCGCCCCCGACCCCGCCGGGCCCCCGCGGCCCCCGCAGCGCCCGCAGCCCCGGCCGGCGCAGCAAGGAGGGGAGCCCCAAAGGUCGGGGGGCUCCCCCCGCGCCCCCCCCGGCACCGCCGGAGCCCCCCCAGAGCGGCCCCAAGGACAGCGCCGGCCCCCCCCCGCCCCCGCCGCCCCCCCCCGCCGCCGCCCCCUCCCCCGCGCCGCCGCCCCCCCAGGACUUGAGCGGCUGCUCGGAGCAGAGGGGGGGUCCCGCCGCCCCCGACGGCUGCGCCAAGGAGCCCCCUAAGACUCAGCCCCCGCCGCCGCCGCCGCUGCCGCCGUCGCCGCCCUACAAACACCGAGGGGAGCCCGAGCACAAAGACUCUGCCUCCUCUUCCUCCACCUCCUCCUCCUCAUCUUCCUCCUCCUCGUCGUCGUCCUCCUCCUCCUCCUCCUCGUCGGCGCCGCCGCCGCCCCCGCCCCCCCCCAGCGUGGCCGUGCCGCGGCCCCCGGCCCGCGAGGAGCCGGUGGACACGCGGACGCCUGUGCCCGAGCGGGUCAGCUGACUGUGAGCGCCGCGGGGGACGCACGGACGGACGGACGGACGGACGGACACUCGGACGGGCCCCCCCCGACCCAAAC